AUGUCGUGGGGACGGCUACAACAUGUUGACAUCACAGGCUGCAUGGCUGCUGGCGUGCUUGGACAGGAGCUUGUUGACAUGCUCCCAUACCAUAAGGGCUGCUGCCUCGAGGCAGCUAACACGGGACUUGCGGAUGAGCACGUGGUGCGACUUCGGAACUUGGCAGGGCAGACCGAACAGGCUCGGGCAAGGGUGGUUGAGGCCGAGCGGCAGUGCCAGGCAGCGUGCAACGAGUACCUCGCAAUGCAGGAUGCACUGGAGGAUCUUGCGAACGAGCAGUGCGAGCAACAGGUGCCUCCGGCGCCUCCGUUGCCAUUGCACCACCCGAAGAGAUGGCGUAAGGGCGUGGACACACCUGCGCGCAAUGAGUACGCUUCGUUCCGGAGUGCCAAUGUGAGCGGGCUGAAGCGGGAAGACGAUGGUUCUUGGUCGAUGCUCGGCCGGAGUGGGGCCAGCAUUGCCCUUAGCACGGACGAGUUUGCAGCGCUUGAUGAGCAGCGGCGCAACAUGCUAGCAGGUGAAGGGUACGAAGAAGGGGAGAGAGAGGACGAGGAAUCUGCUGAUGCUCGGCCCGGUGGUUCUGCUGGCUGUCAAGCACUUCUUUCUGAGGUCCAGUCCUUCCAGAACCUGGUUGGCUUCAUGGUGUGGAACGGUGCGAAGGCCCUUGCCGAUGAUGUUCAGGCAGCCCGUCGCAAGCGCGAGGAGUGGGAGUCGUUGUGGGCAAAGAGAAUCGAACUCCAGAGAAAGCUUGGCCAUGCUAGCAAGAGUGUUUAUGACGCAUCUGAUCGCCCAGCACGUGUCGCGAGCGGACAGCUCAUCGCACACUUUACUCAUCUGUGUCUGGGCGGCGCGCUCACUGGCGACGACGUUGUGGAACCGUCCCAGGCGUUUUGGUUUAAAGCGCAUCAGCGAAAUGCCCCGCCCUCAGCCAUGGCGAGGACCGGACUUGCACACUGCUCUUGUUUCUGGACAGGUUGUUAUAGAUGCAGCUGUUGGGAGAGGGUUUGGCAAGGACAGCAUGCAGCUCGCACUGAGAAAUUGUAG